AUGUCAAAAGCAAAAUCGAAUAACUAUAAAUUAACGACAACAACAUCAUUAACUGAAGAAAUAAAAGUUGUUGUUGUUGGUGAUGGUUAUACAGGCAAAACAACAUUAUGUAUUGUUUAUAAAGAUGGAGAAUAUCCACAAGAUCCAUAUGUUCCAACGAUAUUUGAGAAUUAUGCAGCAACAGUAACAUUGAACAAUCGAAAAUAUAUUCUAAAUUUAUUUGAUAGUGCUGGACAGGAAGAAUAUGAUCAACUUCGUAUAAUGGCAUAUCCGAAUACAAACGUAUUUAUUCUUUGUUUUUCUAUUGUUGAUCCUGAUAGUUAUUCAAAUAUAUUAAGUAAAUGGAUACCGGAAUUAAAUCGUUAUGCACCCCGUGUACCAAUUAUACUUGUUGGAACCAAACUUGAUUUACGUAAUGAUCCAUCAACACUUGAACAAUUAGCUGAAAAAACUCAACGACCAAUAACACAGUCACAAGGUGAAUAUUUAGCACGUGUAUGUUCAGCUAAAGCUUAUUUAGAAUGUUCAUCAAUGUUAAAUUUUAAUAUACGAAAUGUAUUUGAACAAGCUAUUGAAACAUAUAUUUUAUAUGAACAACGAUAUCGUCAUGGAAUUAGUAAUGGACGAAGAAUAUUAUCUGAUAAAUUUCAUUCAUGUUCAUGGUUUAAUUCAUUCGUGAUCUCAUCGGAUGCAACUGGAGAUGAUCAAAGUGAUGAUAGUAAUGGUGAAGAAGAAGAAGUUCGUUCAUCAUCUAAAAUACGUACAGCUUAUUCAUGCGUUCAGAUCAUCAAAGAAAAUCAUCGUCAACAAAUUUAUGCUGUAGAAAUAAAUAAUCAAGUACAAUAUCCAAAUGGAAUUCUUUUUGCUAGUGUUGGUGCAAAUUCUAUUCAAAUAUAUAAAUUUGAUACGAACACAAAUAAAACUCAAUUAGUUCAUGCAUAUCUUGAUCCUGAUGCCAAUGAAGAAUAUUUUGCAUGCGCAUGGACAACAAUUGAGGAUAAGACGGAAAAUUCACCAAAAAUUUUAUUAGCUGCUGGUGGUGAACGAGGUGUUAUUCGUAUUCUUGAUAUUAAUCGAAAAUCACAACAUACUGCACUUUUACAAACUGGUGCCAUAAAUCAUUUAACAUUUGCUAAAGCUAAACCUAAUCUUCUAUGUACAGCUAGCAAAAAUUUUACGGUCACACUCUGGGAUGUUCUUUCAUCGAUGUGUCUUGUUGUAUUUCAUGGACCAAAUGGUCAUUCAGAUCAAGUACUGUGUGUGGAUAUAAAUGAUCAAUGUACAAUGCUCGCAUCAGCUAGUAUGGAUCGUUCAGUAUUUGUAUGGUCGUUAACCAGUGAAAAAAUUCGAGAACAAAUUGAUUUAGCUGAAAAUCCAAUACAUGAACAAAAACGUCGAUUAAUAAAAGCAUAUGCUGUUGCUUUUGCAGACAUUGAAGCAAAAGCUAAAACACUUCAUUCACAUUAUGUUGAUAAUGUACAAUGGUAUGGUGAUGCAUUACUUUCUCGAUCUGCUGAUAAUACGUUUUGUUUAUGGCAACCAGUUUUUAGUAAUACAACAAAAGCAUCAUCAUUUAAAUUACUUCUUAAAUGGGUUGUACAUGAAAAAGAAUAUAUUUGGUUUUUGAAAUUUGAUAUUUGUCGUGCUAGUCAAUUACUUGCUAUUGGUACAUUAGAUGGUCAAAUUCAAGUAUGGGAUCUUCGUCAUCAUAUGCAUAAUCCAUCAGUCGAUUUUGUUAAAUUGAAAAACGUAAAUUCAAAAGCAAAAAUUAGUCGUGUAUCAUUCAAUUAUGAUGGUUCAGUAUUGGUGGCUUGUUCCGAUGAUAGUCGUAUAUUUAUUUGGAAACGUAAAUGA